AUGGAGAUGAUCGAGAAAGAGAAAUCAAGAAUCCUUACUCUGAAGAAGCGAAAGGAAGGGCUAAUCAAGAAACUCCACCAACUCACCACGCUCUGCGACGUCCCCGCAUGCAUGAUCUUGCACGACCCCACCACCAAUUCCACCUCAGUCUGGCCGGAGGAGGAUCCUGAUCAGGUCCGCCGCCUCAUCGACGCGUACAAGGCCAAGAAAAAUGACCCCAGCGGCGGCGUGAGGGAGUACUUGCUGUCGAAUUUCUUCGACGAGCGGCAGAGGCAAGCCGAGGAGGAGCUCGAGAAGCUGAGGAAGAAGAAUGUGGAGGGGAUGUUUCCGACGUGGGACGAUCGCCUCGACCUCAUGGAUGAGGCCCAGCUGAAGGAAUUGGCCGCUGCGGUGCGCGGCAAGGCCGAGGCGGUGCGGUCAAGAAUCGAAUUCUUGAAACAGGCGGAGGUUGAGGCGAUGGUGGUGAUUGAGAACAAUGCGAUGCGGUUUAAUUAUUCUGAUUUUGAUCAAGAUGUCAAGUCUGCUGAAGCUAUGAUGAGGGAGGGAAAUUCUUCGAUUCUUCUGCCGCCGCCGCAGCAGCAGCAGCAGCCGCCGUUGAUGCCGCCACCGCUGACAACGGCGCUUCGAUGGAUGUGA